GCCGCGCCGCCCGGUGCGGAUCGGUGCGGAGGGGAGCGGAGCGGAGCCGGCAAUGGGAGCGCGGGCGGGCGGGGCGCUGCGGGCCGCUCUGGCGCUGGGGCUGCUGGCGGCGGCGCAGCCCGGCCCGGCCGCUCGGCAGCGGCGGGAGGCGGAGCUGUUCCUGGAGAAAUACGGCUACUUCGGCGAGCUGGGGACCGGCAUGCACAGCCCCGCCGAGUUCACGGAGGCGGUGAGAGACUUCCAGCGGGUGACCCACCUCCCGCUCAGCGGGGUCCUGGACGCCCCCACGCUCCAUCAGAUGGCUCUGCCGCGCUGCGGCACGGGCGACGGGGAGAGCCGCGCUGCCGGGGCACACCGGGCGUCUGCCACCCGGCGCCGCAGGCGCACCACGCAGCACGGCGGGAGGUGGUACAAGCGGCACCUGACCUACCGGGUGGUGAACUGGCCCUCCUACCUGCCGCAGCACGAGGUGCGCCUGGCCGUGAAAGCUGCCUUUGAGCUCUGGAGCAACGUGUCCUCACUGGUGUUUUGGGAGGCGCAGGAUGGCCCAGCUGACAUCCGCCUGACCUUCUUCCAUGGGGACCACAACGAUGGACUCAACAACGCCUUCGAUGGACCAGGAGGUGCCCUGGCUCACGCCUUCUUCCCGCGGCGCGGAGAAGCCCACUUCGACAGCGCCGAGCGCUGGUCCCUGCGCAGCGGCAAAGGACGCAACCUCUUCGUCGUGGUGGCACAUGAGGUUGGCCACACGCUGGGGCUGGAGCACUCCCCCGUCAAGAGUGCCCUGAUGUCUCCCUACUACAAGAAGCUCGGCAAGGAUUUUGUCCUCAGCUGGGAUGACAUCUUGGCUAUCCAGAACUUGUACGGGAAGCCCUCCAAGGGCUUGGCCAUCCAGCUCCCAGGAAAGGUCUUCACUCACUUCCAGGACUGGAGCACGGACCUUUAUGGUGGGGACCGGCAGCAGAGGAGCCUCAGUGCCUAUUACUGCCACUCCUUCUUCGAUGCCAUAACUGCUGACACGGAUCACAACCUCUACAUCUUCAAGGGCAGCCACUACUGGGUGGUGCCGGCGAGCAGCAAUGCCAGCGACCCGCAGCCCCUGCAGACGCGCUGGCCUGGCCUCCCCGCCGGCAUCGAUGCCUGCGCCUGGUCCCAGCUCAGCCGCAAGUUUUACUUCUUCAAAGGUGGCCGAUGCUGGCGCUACACGGGCUCCACCCUGGAGGCAGGUUUCCCCCAGAAAUGCAGCGCCCGCGGCCUCCCGCGCCACCCCGACACCGCGCUCUACUUCCAGCAGCUCCGGCACCUGGUCCUCUUCAAAGGACCCAAGUACUUCGUGGUGAGCGAGGAGACCCUCGGCGUGGAGCCCUACUACCCCCGCAGCCUGCGGGACUGGGAGGGCUUGCCCCCCGGCACGGCGGGCGCCCUUACCCACCGCGACGGCUUCAUCUACUUCUUUCGGGAUGACCAGUACUGGCAAUUCGACCGGGCGAAGCUGCAAGUGGUGGCCACUGGCAAAUGGGCCACCGAGCUGCCCUGGAUGGGCUGCUGGGAUGCAAACGGUGGGCAGGUCCUCUUCUGAGCAGAGCGUGCUGGGAUGAAAUGGGGGGGGGUGGGGGGUGCGGAACCCUACCUUGCUUGCAGCUGCCUGGAUCCCUCUUUAUUUGACUCUGAUUCCUGUCCGGGGACGGUUCGGCAGGGACCGGCAGGUUGGGGCUGCCCGUGGCCGGCCGGAGCCGUGGGUCGGUGGAGCGGUGCCCCGGCACAGCAGGGAUGCAGCCGGGACGGGGCAGCCAUCAGCCCAGGCGGGUCUGCCACAGCCAGGCGGGCUGGAAGCUUUGAGAGACAAUAUUUUUUUAAAAAAAAAAAAAGACCACAAAGAAAGGUAUAAGCCAUGGAGACUGCAAACACACCCAUUUCUGCAAACUUUCAGAAUAUCGUUACGCAUUUCUUUCAAACCGGGACUGGGGUUUGUUGAUGCUUUAGCUGUCGUUUUCCCGUGAGCUGGCAGAGAAGCGCCUCACCAUUGCUUGGUUUGGGGCUUGGGAUGUUUCCUGGUUAAAACAAAAAAGAAAAGAGGCAUUUGGACAAAACUACAGGUCCAUGUCGAGCUUUGCCCCCGCUGCAUGUGCAGAGCCCCCCCGCUCCCCCCUCCUCCCCGGCCUUGCCCCAGGGAUGGAGGGUCAGGACCUGGAGGAGGAGCCCAUCGCCUGCUGGCCCCAUCCCAGCUCGCGGGUGAGGCACCGGCUGGAGACACCGACACCGUGGGAUUUUUGGGGAGAAAGCAGAGGGUUUUGGUGUAGGAACCUCUUUGGGGUGAAGGGGGGGGUACAGCUGGGCUGCUGACUGUGUCGCUGUGGGACGGUGCUGCGCAGCUCGAGGGGAGCGGGAGCACUGCAGCUUGGCUUCCUGAUGGCUGCGUGGGUGCUCCGGUGUCUCAUAAGGGUUGUGCUCACCUGGCAGCCUUUCUUGUGUGCAAAGUGUCUUGUCCUCUGCUCUGUCUCUGAAAGAGACGGGGUCAACAUAUUUUUGAGUCCCGUGCCCCUCUGCCACAGCUGAAUGAACGGGGUUGACAAAUCACUGGGGGAGGAGGGGAAGAGGCGAGGGUGAGCAGGACGGACGGACAUGUCCGUGCAUGCAGGCUCACGAGGACAGCUCGGCUGCAUAUUCCUCAUUCCUUUCCCAAAGCACGCUCCCCACCUUGAAAGGUUGCUGGCUCCUCUGCACGGAGUCACCCGUCACGUCUGCAACAGGCCGUUGUCUCCCAUAGCCGGUGGGGGAGCGUCGGGUCCCCGAGGUUCAGAAUCGGUGGCGGCAAGUGCCAGCCGUCGGUGCUGACCAGGACAGGGCUCAACUUUCUUAAAAUGUCCUUUGAGUUGAGAGAUUUGGGGAUUUUCACCAUGCCGGGGUUGCACACGGGUGGGCUGCUGCUUCGCUGAUCGUUCUCCCAGGACUCGCACCCUGGCGCUGGGUGCCCUGCUUCAGGUCGGGGGCUUCGGCACCGGGCUGCGGCUGGUCCUGCCGUGUUGGGGUGCUGUGCCAGGGUGUUGUGCUGGGGUGCUGUGCCGGGGUGUUGUGCCAGGGUGUUGUGCCGGGGUGCUGUGUUGGGGUGCUGUGCCGGGGUGCCGUGCCGGGGUGCUCUCCCAGUGCCAGCAGCCUCGAGGACUCUUCCCUUCAGCACAGCACCCUCUGCUCGCCAUUGCCCACCCUGGACCUUCCCCGCAGAGGAGGCAGGAGCUGGGCUUGCCCCAGGCAGGGCACCAGGGCUGGUACUUCCCAAGGGCUUUUGGUGCUGCCAGAUGCCAGCUGAGACGUGGACAGAGAGCCAACGUGAGUGAUUCUGUCCAUUCUCCGUGGUAUUUGUGAGUGAGCCUUUCCUGUGCAGACCAGACAUGGGGACUUCAUUUGCUCACGGCUUAAAAAUCUCAGGGGACUUUCAGUGUUGCCAAAGAGACGGGUCCGCAUCAUUUUUAUUUUGAGUUGAAUAAUAAGGCAACGCCGCUUGCUGGGGUCCCAAGGGCUUGGAGACCUGAUGGCAAAUAAAACAAA